CCUUAACACGCGGACAAAGCGCUCGACUCUCGUUCGAUUUUUUAAAUUAAUUAGAAAAAUUUACAAAAAUGUGCCAGAAUAUUUUGUACCAUUUUUUCUCGUAAAAUAUUAAAUUGAAUAACGGUGGCUUAGUGCGAAGAUGUUAAAAAUAGUUUUUGUGAAUUUUUUACUGUUAUUUGCAUACACCAAUGCAACGCCUCCUAUUAGUUUUGAGGCGAAUCCAGAUACGAAACGUCUUUAUGAUGAUUUGCUGAGCAAUUACAAUCGCCUCAUACGGCCAGUUGUCAAUAAUACGGAAACACUGACAGUAUGGCUGGGCUUAAAGUUGUCUCAGCUCAUUGAAGUCAAUUUGCGAAAUCAAGUGAUGACCACAAAUCUGUGGGUUAAACAGCGUUGGUUUGAUUAUAAAUUACGUUGGGAGCCCGAGGAAUAUGGUGGUGUUGAACAACUUUAUGUGCCAUCCGAGCAUAUUUGGGUGCCAGAUAUAGUGCUCUACAACAACUGGGAUGGCAAUUAUGAGGUAACACUCAUGACAAAGGCAACACUAAAGUUCACCGGCGAGGUCUUUUGGGAGCCGCCGGCUAUCUACAAGUCAUCCUGCGAAAUGAAUGUCGAAUAUUUUCCGUACGAUGAGCAAAUCUGCUUCAUGAAAUUCGGUUCAUGGACAUACAAUGGCGCACAAGUGGAUUUGAAACAUUUGGACCAGGUUCCUGGCAGUAAUCUAGUGCAAAUUGGAAUUGAUUUAAGUGAAUUUUACUUAUCGGUCGAAUGGGACAUACUCGAAGUUCCUGCAACUAAGAAUGAGGAAUAUUAUCCAGACACUUUGGAACCGUUUUCUGAUAUUACAUUUAAGCUCACUAUGCGUCGUAAAACGCUCUUCUACACUGUUAAUUUAAUUGUCCCCUGUGUGGCAUUGACUUUUCUCACAGUGUUGGUAUUUUAUUUGCCCAGCGAUUCUGGCGAGAAGGUUACGUUAUGUAUUUCAAUUCUUGUCUCGUUGACUGUGUUCUUCUUGCUGUUGGCCGAAAUUAUUCCGCCAACAUCACUGGCCGUACCGCUGCUAGGCAAAUAUCUACUAUUUACAAUGAUCCUGGUUUCGUUGUCCGUUUGGACAACGGUAUGUGUAUUAAAUAUACAUUUUAGAUCACCGUCUACACAUAAAAUGUCACCGUUUGUGCGUAAACUAUUUUUACACUUCAUGCCAAAGUUGAUGAUGAUGCGACGCACUCAAUACACACUGCCCGAUUAUGACGAUUCGACACCCAGCAAUGGCUACACCAAUGAAAUUGAUGUGCGCAGCGAUAGUAUUAGCGACUUUCCCAGUGAGUUCAAGGAUAGUCAAGAGGGGCCCUACGAUAAUGGUGUGCAGCACUCGAUUGAUUCCGACAAUGUGAUACCUCGCAAUUUAACACCCGAAGUGCUGCAGGCAUUACGUGCAGUGCGUUUUAUUGCGCAACACAUUAAGGAUGCCGACAAGGAUAAUGAGAUUGUCGAAGAUUGGAAGUUCGUCUCAAUGGUAUUGGAUCGCUUCUUUCUCUGGACUUUUACACUAUCGUGUGUCUUUGGUACGUUUGCCAUAAUCUGUCAAUCGCCAUCUCUAUAUGAUACACGCCAACCAAUCGAUCGUCAGCUGAGUGAAAUACCACUGAGGAAGAAUAAUUUUAUGUUGCCGCCGGACAUAGUGCGUCAAAUUGUUACUUAAAUGAAGUAUCGCUUUAAAGAGCAAUAAAAGAAUUUAGAAAAAUAUUAGGAAGUAAAUGAGAAACAAGCUGUAAUUGCGAUGCCAGAAGUUGAUUAAAAUUAAGGAAAAAAAGAAAAGGGUUUAGUGGCAGAGAAGUUAAAUGAAAACAUUAAAAAUAUGAGUAUAAAAAAUAUGAGAAAACACUCAUACCAGUUAACACAUUACAUUACAUAAUCCCUAUACAAAUAAUCUUAUAGUCUGACUAACAAGAGCAUCAACUAAUAGAGGAAGUAUUUUAAAUCUGUGUAAGAGUAAAAAUCAUAUAAAAGCAGCGAAAAAUUUAUAAAUUAUAAGAAAAAUAAAUUUGAUUGAUGAAUUUAAAGACUUUAAUCCUUCCUGAAUAAAGUAUGGAAAUUUUAAUGUGAAAAUUCAAAAAAAUUAAAUCUGAAUUAUAAUAAAAAAAUUACUCUUGUGCUUAAUUUUUAAGCGCGCAUACAUAAAAAAAUGUGACCAACAUUCCUUACAUUAAAAUUUUCACAACGAUAACCUAGAAAUGACAAGGUUGCCGACCAUCCAUGAAUUGCAGUUGUAUCUAAUAUAUGUUUUUUUAUAUAGUCAUUUUUGAACAUAAAUUCAUUCAAAAGCUAAAUUUAAAACGAAAAAUUGAGAACAGUUGCCACAACUUGGAAUUAAAUAAAAUUUACCAAACCCAAA